AUCAGGAUAUUGCUGGGACAGGGGUAUUAAUUCAUCAGACGGACGCCCCCCCACCCAAGCCGUCAUAUCCUCCUCGAGGCGCCUCUCUGAGCUCGCUUCUUCUUUCUCCUUCGCUUGCUUCCUAGAGGAGCCCAUUGUGACCAUUGGGAGUCAUGUCAACCAUGAAUGCUGCCAUGAAAGGGAUGAAGAUGCUGGAAAAACGUCUCCCGCAUAAAAAGAAGAUGUUGGAGCCGAUCAAGCCGUCAAGGAAUACCCGAGAUAGCACGAUACCAACACCACCUUCAUGGGGCCCAACCUUUUCCGUGGCGUAUUUAGCUACGGACCCAAGCCCAGUAGGAAGGCUGCCGCCUUUCCCCUUCUCCUACAAAGGCACUUGGCACUACCAUUGGCCACUACAACGUCAACGCUUGGAGUACAAUUUCUAUGAGGAAAGUCCUGGAAGCACAGGGGCCGUGGAGAGGAAAGAGAAAACCCUGGUGGAACUCUGGCGGGGGCACGAGGAAGUGUACGUCUUUUCCCCCACGGACCGUUCGUGCCGGUUGCUGGACCUAUGGCCGGACUUCACGCCCCUCUCUCCCCACUGGCUGAACGGACAUGGGACGGGGAAGAAGAAGGGGAGAGAAGCCUUGUACAGGGGCCGGGCGUACGACGUGAUGCGCAGUGUUCAGAAUGGGAGCGAGGUCUUGGUGGAGGUGGAGAGAUGGGAGGGCGGGGCGGAGGGCGGGGUGAAUCCGCUGCCGCCGUGGCAGCAGUCGUCCAUCCCGGGGUCGGUGGGUGUGCUUCAAGUGAUGGAGGCGAGGGACAAAGUGGAGGUCAUCAACGGACCGGAGACAGGGAAGCAAGGCACUAUCAUCAAGGUCCUCCGGGCGCAGAACCGCGUGAUUAUCGACGGCGUGAACGUGCGGCGGCGGACCCAGCAACCUUCGGGGAGCGGGCAGCCGGGGAAGAUCAUCACGUACCCAGCUGCCCUUCACGUCUCGAACGUCUCCCUCCUGGACCCCGAAUCCCACGAGCCCACCAGGGUCGCCCGGCGGUACCUGGAAAGCGGCGUCAAGGUCCGAGUCAGUGCAUCGAGCCAGAAAAUCCUGCCCAAGCCGGAGUAUAGGCGGGAAAAGAUACGCCGGGCGGCGGUGAGCCCCAAGGACACGUUGCCUGAGGACGUGUACGAGGUCACCUACGAGGGCUACCUGGCCCCGAGCCGGCCACCCAAGAAGGAUCAAGGGCCCCGCUUUGUAGUGGAGACAGGGAAAGAAUGA